AUGUAUGACUAAAUCAGUAAAUGCAUGACGCGUAGGACGUAAUCAUCUUCUUUUUUGAAGUAACGUCUGUAUCAUAUAAGAUAUGUGGAUUGUGGAUAUGGACAUUUUAUUUCACGGUGGAUGUUAUUUCUCGGCUAAAUCAGUUUAAUCGCAGGCUAAUUUAAGUUAAAAAGAACAGAAAACAUAGGCCUUUUAUGUUAGAAGAAGUAAUUUCAUUCGAAAACGAAUUGACGCUUUUUGCGAAGAUUUUGAAAGAUUUACAAGACAUAGAUUUAAUUAAUAUUGUUUUGUAGUUUCGGACCGGAUAUCGAUUAAGUUUUUUAAGUGACUCAGCACUUAGAUCUACAACAAAAAUGGCUCGAAGAUAUGACUCACGGACAACUAUAUUUUCACCUGAAGGUCGGCUUUAUCAGGUGGAGUAUGCAAUGGAAGCCAUUGGUCAUGCAGGAACCUGUUUAGGUAUCAUGGCUCAAGAUGGUAUACUCCUGGCUGCUGAGAAAAGAAACACAAACAAGCUAUUAGAUGAAGUUUCCUAUUCUGAAAAGAUAUAUCGGCUAUAUGAUGAUAUGGCCAUAAGUGUUGCUGGUAUCACGGCAGAUGCUAAUGUCUUGACAAAUGAACUGAGACUUAUUGCUCAAAGGUACAUACUUCAGUAUCAAGAACCUAUCCCUUGUGAACAACUAGUCUCUACAUUGUGUGACAUUAAACAAGCCUACACACAGUUUGGAGGAAAACGUCCAUUUGGUGUGUCUAUUCUUUACAUGGGCUGGGAUAAACAUUAUGGUUUUCAGCUGUAUCAAAGUGACCCAAGUGGCAACUAUGGAGGAUGGAAAGCAACUUGUAUAGGAAAUAAUAGUGCAAAUGCAAUCUCUUUACUAAAGCAAGAAUACAAAGAUGAGGACAACUUUAGUUUGUCUGCUGCUUUAGAUUUGUCCAUUAAAGUCUUAAGUAAAACUCUAGAUAUGACCAAAGUUACAGCAGAUAAAGUUGAGAUAGCCACAUUAACAAGAAAAGACAACAAGACUGUGAUGCGUAUUCUGCCUGACAAUGAAGUUGAAGUUCAUAUAAAGAAAUAUGAGGAGGAGGAAGCAAGAUUGGAAGCUGAAAAAAAGAAAGAAGCAGAGAAAAAGAAAGCUGAAAAAAGUGACAAGUAGAGAGAGAUAUGAAAUGAUUAUUGACUUUGUCUUUUGUUAUAUUUUUAUCCUUUGACUCAUGAGUGUCAUUUAUGUCUGGUUGAAACAGUCUUUGAAAUAAAUCAAUGUUUACAGAAACUCUU